CUACAUGGGUGCGCGCGCGCAGGGGCCCGUGUCGUCGUCGCUGCAACGCGGCAUGGGCAGCGUUGAGCCGGCAGCUUCUACGUGCGUGCCUAGCGUGGUAACCUAAUGAGAGCCCACGGUAGGUGAUGACAGAGCUAGGGGUGCCGAUGCAAUACGAUGCGGCGCGCGAAAAAAAAAAAAAAAAAAAAAAAAACAAGGAACCGGCAAUGGGUCAGGACCGUAGGAAGAAGGAAAAAACAAUGAACAGGAAAGAGGGAAAGACCCAUGGAAGGCAGCAGCAGCAGCAACAACAACAGCAGCGCGAACAAAGCCAAGCCAAGCCAAACGUCCGCAACCGCAACGUCAACGUCAAAAGUCCAAGCGUCGAAAGCUGCUGCACCAAGCACCUACCUACCCACGUCCAUAUAUUACGGGCAAACGCAGCCACAAACGCAGACACGAACGCAAACGCAAACGCAAACGGCGUCUGCGAAAAAGAGGGAAAAGACACGCAAGAAAUAAGAGAAAUGAAGAAGAAAGACGAAACAACAAGGAACAAGGCCGACAAUUAAUGCACGCAUAGGACUCGCAAAGGAAACUUUUACGCUCCACGGCUUACGCUCCGUGGCCGGAGCCUGCCCCGUCGUCUUAAAGCAUGCCGCCAUCAGGCGUAACUUUAUGUGUGGUCAUUAGAGAGGUUUUGUCUUCAUAACUUGGAGCGUUUUUCCAUCAGCAGCAAAGCAAAACACAAAGAAAAAAAAAGUUUGACUCGUCCUGCAGUGGUCCUUGUUGGUCGUCGAAGAUCUCUUAAAGCAAGCAAGCAAAGCAAAAAAGCAAAAAAAGAAGAAAAAAGGCAAUU